UACAAGAUCAUAUGUUAGGAAAAGCACUAUGGCUGUCAAAAAUUGUCCCGAUGAACAAAUCACAAUAGUUUUUUCUUCUCCCUUCUUUUUAUUUAUUUUAUUUCUUGUAAGUGUGUUGAUUGUGUUCAAGCUUACAAUUAAAAAAGCCAAAUCCAAAACUAAUCUAAAUCAACUUCCAUCACCACCAAAACUACCUAUAAUCGGUAAUCUUCAUCAACUAGGCACACUUCCACAUCGUUCUCUUCGAGAUCUAUCACUCAAAUAUGGAAACAUGAUGUUGUUACAAUUAGGACAAAUACAAAAUCCAACUCUAGUAAUUUCAUCAUCAGAUAUAGCUAUGGAAAUCAUGAAAACUCAUGAUCUAGCUUUUUCAAACCGACCCCAAAAUAUUGCUUCAAAAAUCUUAUUGUACGGAUGUACGGACGUUGGUUUUGGACUUUAUGGAGAAAUUUGGAAACAAAAGAGAAAAAUAUGUGUUAAUGAACUUUUGAGCAUGAAAAAUGUGCAAUCAUUUCGACUCAUUAGAGAAGAAGAAGUUGAAGAAUUGGUGAAGAAGCUAAGUGAAGCUAGCUUAAAUGAUGCAUGUGUGAAUCUAAGUGAGAUUCUUAUGUUAACAUCUAAUAAUGUUGUUUGUAAAUGUGCAUUUGGAAGGAAAUAUGAUGAAAGUAGUGAUGGUAAGGUGAAAGAGUUAGCAAGGAAGGUUAUGAUCUAUCUUUCGGCUUUUGUUGUUGGAGAUUAUUUUCCUUUGUUUGGUUGGGUUGAUGUUCUUAGUGGAAAAAUUGGGGAGUUUAAGGACACUCUUCGAGCGUUGGAUGUUCUGUUUGAUAAAUUGAUUGAAGAGCAUUUGGAAAUGAAGAAGAUGGAAAAUGGUCAACUCAUGAAGAAAGAGUUUGUGGAUAUUCUCCUUCAAAUUCAAGAGGAUGGCAUGCUUAAUUUUGAGCUCUCCAAAAAUGAUAUCAAAGCACUUUUAACGGACAUGUUUGUGGGAGGAACUGACACAACUUCAACAGCAUUAGAAUGGACAAUUUCAGAGCUCAUGAGACAUCCAUCCAUAAUGAAGAAAGCACAAGAAGAAGUAAGAAGAGUUGUAGGUCAUAAAUCCAAAGUUGAAGAAAAUGACAUAAAUCAAAUGCAAUAUUUAAAGUGUAUAAUAAAAGAAUCUCUAAGGUUACAUCCACCUACUCCUCUCAUGGCUCCUCGAGAAACAAUGUCUAAUGUAAAAUUAAAUGGGUAUGAUAUUCCUGAAAAAACAAUGGUAUAUAUAAAUGUGUGGGCAAUACAAAGAGACCCUAAAAAUUGGGAAAACCCCGAAGAGUUCAUUCCAGAGAGAUUUGAACAUAGUCCAAUUGAUUUUAAAGGCCAAAAUUUUCAAUUUUUACCAUUUGGUUUUGGGAGAAGGGGAUGUCCUGGAAUGAAUUUUGGAAUAGCUCUUGUUGAAUAUGUGUUAGCUAAUCUUCUUUAUUGGUUUGAUUGGAAGUUACCUGAAACUGAUUUAGGCACGCAAGAUUUAGAUAUGAGUGAGGUUUUCGGACUUGUUGUGUCAAGGAAAAAACCACUUCAUAUUAAACCAAUUCUACAUUUUCGUCUCUAAAUAUAGAAUUAUAUUGAUCAAAUUAUAAUCUAUUUUCGAAUGUAUUUCGUAGUUAGAUUGAUUGUUUAUUGUUGUACCUUGUAAAUUAUGUUCGUUUUCUAAGAUUAAUGAUGUUUUGUUUUUGUAUCGGUGAUGGAUGAUAAUAUAUUGAAUUUGUUUCAUGUAUUAUAAUUUAGAAAGAUGAUAAUUUUAUGUGUGAUAUAUGUGUGGUCAUAUACAUACUCAUACUAUAUGUUUGGUCAUAUGCCAUACA